UAUUUCAAUUGUAUUGCUAGUAAGUGUGGAAUUGAAGUUAUUGGGACCACUCUUUUCCAUAACAUGGCGAUUUUUUUUCGAUAAUGAAUUAUCAAAUAUGUUGGAGAAAUUUAUAGACAUACUUGAUGUAUUGAAACAGUUUAACAGUGAAGUCAUACUUAAAACGAAAAUAUUUUGGAUUUUCAUUACUGGUGUACUAGUGCAUUUUAUGAUGUACAUCACAUCACUAAUGGGUUAUUAUAUGGCCACUCCCGACUAUUCUGCUUUGAAAUGGGUUAUAUGGUCAUGUCAUUUUAUAUAUAACCGCUGCAUGUUUUACGAAUACAUGUUUUUAAUAAUGUUCGUCCAAAUAAUUUUGUACAAAUUAAAUGAUGAAAUAUUGAAGGGCAUCAUUCCCAUCAGCGACUUGACCAGAAUGUAUACUAUCACUAUGGAGAGCCUAAUAGUCAUAAACAGAUUCAUUGUCGGAGCAUCAGUCCUCAUUAAUAUUAUAAUAAGAAACCUGUCUUCUAUCAUAUAUUUGUUGUAUCAUUAUAUUUUAUUUAAAGGCCUGUUCGUUAAUGUCAAUGUGCACCGUUUUUUCCCGAUUCUUGACGUAUCGAUGAGAUUGUUCGACAUCGUCAUAUUGUACUACCUUUGUCAGACCACUGAAAAUGAGGUAACAGCUCUUACUAGCUGGAAGACUACGGCUAAUUUUAUGGUUUGGGACCAGAAGACUAGAAGAGUUAUGUUAUAA